UGCUGUGUUUACCACUGGCGAGUUUCAGUUGUCCCUGAGGUGGUAGAUACUGUGGCUGGGGAGCUCAAAACUGAUUUUUACCUCCCUCUGAGGGAGAAAACAGACCUGGCCCCAAAACGCUCAAGACCUUGCUCAGAACAGUCUUAAAUUCUUACCUCUACCAGCAGCUGCUUCUCAAGCCCUGAGGAUUUCACUGAGCCAAUUUAAUGCUGGUGGUCAGACAGUUUAAACCCAUUAGCUCCCAGCUCUCUGAGUAAAUUUUCUGCUCCGAGCCCAGCACACCGACAGACUACUCCAACCAGAACUGCAGAGAGCCACCACAGUAAUCGGACAUUUGAGAACUGUUGUGGCCUGUGUGGUGAGUGGUAAAGGGCUGAAGAAAAUGCCGCUGGCUAGAUCACUGUCUAUGACCUCUCUUAAUGGUCUUCCUCAGUGGGAGGAUGAAGACCUGCCAGUGGAGGAUUUGUUGCUCUUUGAAGUUUCUUGGGAAGUUACCAACAAAGUAGGAGGCAUUUACACUGUGAUCCAGACAAAAGCCAAAAUUACGGCAGACGAAUGGGGUGAAAACUAUUUCCUGAUUGGUCCCUAUUUUGAGCACAAUGUGAAGACUCAAGUGGAAGUGUGCGAGCCUCCAAACCCUGCGGUUAAGAAGGCAAUGGACACCAUAAAAGGCCAAGGGUGUCAGGUCUUUUUUGGAAGAUGGCUGAUAGAAGGCACACCAUAUGUCUUAUUGUUUGAUAUAGGAUCAGCAGCCUGGAAUCUGGACAGAUGGAAAGGCGAAUUUUGGGAUGUUAGCAACAUAGGGAUCCCUUUUCAUGACCGAGAAGCCAAUGAUGCUGUGAUUUUUGGAUCAUUAACAGCCUGGUUUUUAAAAGAGCUUUCCUGUCAGUUUGAUGACAAGCCCAACAUAAUUGCUCACUUUCAUGAAUGGCAGGCAGGAGUGGGUUUAAUCCUCUCUCGAUCUCAGAAACUUCCUGUCGCCACAAUUUUUACUACGCAUGCCACUCUUCUUGGAAGAUACCUAUGUGCAGCGAGUAUAGAUUUCUACAACAAUCUUGACCAGUUUGACAUUGACAAGGAAGCAGGAGAGAGACAGAUUUACCAUCGUUACUGUAUGGAACGGGCAUCUGUACAUUGUGCCCAUGUGUUCACCACAGUCUCACAGAUAACAGCUAUAGAAGCAGAACAUAUGCUUAAAAGAAAUCCUGAUGUUGUCACCCCAAAUGGCUUGAACAUUAAGAAAUUUUCAGCAAUGCAUGAGUUUCAGAAUUUGCAUUCCAUGUACAAGGCUAGGAUCCAAGAGUUCGUUCGAGGUCACUUCUAUGGCCACCUUGAUUUCAGUCUUGAAAAGACCUUGUUUUUCUUCAUUGCUGGAAGGUACGAGUUUUCCAACAAAGGAGCUGAUAUGUUUCUAGAGGCCUUAUCAAGAUUAAACUUUCUGCUAAGGGUUCAUAAGAGUGAUGUUACGGUUGUUGUGUUCUUCAUCAUGCCAGCAAAGACAAACAAUUUCAAUGUGGAAACCUUGAAAGGACAAGCAGUCCGGAAGCAGCUCUGGGACACUGCACAAUCUGUGAAAGAAAAAUUUGGAAAGAAACUCUACAAUGCCCUGUUAAAAGGAGAAAUUCCAGACUUGAACAAGAUUCUUGACCGGGAUGAUAUAACCAUUAUGAAAAGAGCCAUCUUUUCAACUCAGCGACACUGCCUGCCUCCAGUGACCACCCACAACAUGAUUGAUGAUGGCAAUGAUCCAAUCCUCAAUACCAUCCGACGCAUUGGCCUUUUCAACAAUCGGACAGAUAGAGUAAAGGUGAUCCUACAUCCAGAGUUCCUUUCUUCAACAAGCCCAUUGCUGCCCUUGGAUUACGAAGAGUUUGUCAGAGGCUGCCAUCUCGGUGUAUUUCCAUCAUACUAUGAACCCUGGGGUUACACUCCAGCUGAAUGUACUGUGAUGGGCAUUCCCAGUGUGACCACAAAUCUUUCUGGAUUUGGUUGUUUCAUGCAGGAGCAUGUUGCUGACCCAGCUGCUUAUGGCAUUUACAUAGUUGACAGGAGGUUCCGCUCUCCUGAUGAGUCAUGCAACCAGUUGACUCAGAUCCUGUAUGGAUUUUGCCAGCAGUCCCGUCGCCAGAGGAUCAUCCAAAGAAACCGAACUGAGAGGCUUUCAGACCUUUUGGACUGGAGAUACUUAGGCAGGUAUUACAUGCAUGCCAGACACUUGGCCCUCAGCAGAACAUUCCCUGACAAAUUUGAAAUGGAACCAAGUGCUCCACCAAAGACGGAAGGUUUCAGGUAUCCCAGGCCUUCAUCAGUGCCACCAUCACCCUCUGUCUCUCAGCAUUCCAGCCCUCACCAUAGCGAAGGGGAAGAUGAAGAUGAGGAUGAAAGAUAUGAUGAGGAUGAGGAAGCUGAGAGGGAUAGGCAAAACAUCAAGUCUCCCUUUUCCCUUGGAGUAUUGCCGCAAGGAAAGAAGAAGCAGCAUGGAGAAUACAGGAACUGAAUUCAUUGCUCUCACCCUGGCAGGGUCUCCCUCCACUCAACCAUUUCUCCUGUAGAAUUGGCAAGCUUUGCGUUAAGGACAAUGUGGUAUAAUUAGAGGAAUCUUAAGUGUUACUUGAGCUACGCUGUUGGGGAGCCUAAUGUUAUUUUACCGUGCAAGUAGUUUAAAUGACAAUUCUGCUGUCCCCGUUGGAGAUAGAAGAGAUUUUUCAAUCUUAAUAAACCUAGAGAAUGUGACAGUCCCCUCAUGAGCCUAUAUGUACUGUAGAUAAUACUUUUGUCUGCAUAAUCAUCUAUAUUAAUCAUAGUCCGUGCUGAUAGCUCCAUUAUGGUUGUUCCAAAUGGAUCCCUGCUUCAUUUAUGCCACCCCCCCUUUUCUUUUCCCAAACUAACAUGAACUUUAAGCCAGAGCACAGAACAUUUAGAGAAAAAAGUGUUAUACUGGGGAAACCUUGGAAGGGUUAAAAAAGAUAAAUUGAAAAGAAAAUGGUCUUUCUUCUUCCUUAUGCUGUUUAUCUUAUUGUAAACUUACAUCAUUUAAAAUAUAUUUUUUACAGCACACAGAAGUGUCUUGAUCCGGUUGUAAAACAUACUGCCUGUGGGGAAAUAUAAAGUCUUAUGCAGUGGGCAUUUUAAUUUUUAGAGACAGAUGAAGUCAUCUUUCUGAAGUCAUUUAGACCCACAAUAAACAGCAGACCGUUUAUUUUCUGA